AUGAGGGCCUCUGAUGUCCUCUGCCAUCAGCUGAAGUGCGGUCAUGCUGUGGGACAGGCCUGGUUUGGGGAAGGAAGUGGUCCCAUCUGGCCUGAUGUAUUUCAGUGCCAUGGGAACGAGACACAACUCUCCCAGUGUGCUGUGUCCCCAUGGAGUCGGGCAGCCUGCUCUCAUGGACAGGAUGUAGGAGUGAUCUGUUCUGGUUCGUCUCCGUCCCGUUCAGUUGGGGAAGUCAGGCUGCUGUCAGGGGGGAGUGACUGUGAGGGCUGGGUGGAGGUUUUCUAUAACCAGACAUGGUGGAGGAUCCACAAGAAGUCCUGGAGCUUCACAGAUAGUUCCGUGGUCUGCAGACAGCUCGGCUGUGGCUCUGCAGCGAAGGUCCGUCCAUCUGGGGCAGACCACAGAUCUCUCCGGCUGAUGGGGGGUGAUGGAGACUGUGCUGGGAGGCUGGAGGUUUUCCACGGGGGCUCCUGGGGUACAGUGUGUGAUGACUCCUGGGGUCUGGCAGAAGCUCAGGUGGCCUGCAGACAGCUGCGAUGUGGGACAGCCCUCAGCAGGCAGAACCCGGUACCAGCCUACUUUGGCCCAGGAUCUGGACCCAUCUGGCUUGGGCGACUGGGCUGUACAGGAAGCGAGUCGUCCCUGUGGGACUGUCCCUCAGCACGGUUUGAGCAGCAAGACUGUGGUCACAAGGAGGACGUGGGGGUUGUGUGCUCAGAGCACAAGCUUCUGCGUUUGUCUGAGGGCUGCUCUGGCCAUACAGAGGUCUACUACAACAGCAGUUGGGGGGGCGUGUGCUUCAAUCACAUGGAAAAGACUACGGCUGCCGUCAUCUGUCGUCAGCUCGGUUGUGGAGAAAAGGGGACAGUCGAUGAGACAAUCUCCAGGCUCAGUCCUGAACCUACAGGAGGUGAUGGUCUCAAAUGUCGCCCCCAUGACUCCUCACUGUGGCAGUGUCCAUUUUCACCAUGGGGGCAGAACACUUGUACUGAUAGCAAGAUGGCUAAGAUCCACUGCUCAGAAGCCGAUAAGGUUAAUUCCCCUUUGGACUUCACUGACUGUGGCUCUUCCACUUACAAGAGUUCAUGUUCAAGUCACUUGCCCCUGAGACUCAUGGGGGGUACAGACACUUGCUCCGGCAGGGUAGAGGUGUACCAUAAUGGCUCUUGGGGGACCGUAUGCAAUCAUUUUUGGGACCUGGACGAUGCUGCAGUGGUGUGCAGGCAGCUGGGAUGUGGAGCGGCCCUCAGGGCAGAAAGGGAGGACAGUUUCAAGAAGGGAGAUGGUGUCAUCUGGCUGGAUGAGGUGAACUGCAGGGGCAGUGAGCGCUAUCUGUGGCACUGUUCUUUUUCAGUGCAGCAGAGCAGCUGCUCACACAAGCAGGAUGCUGGGGUUACCUGUGCAGUUGUGGAUGAUAUUGUUAGCAUUCUGAACAAGACUUUGUCUAAACCUCCAUUCAAGGUGGAGCUAUAA